AUGAAGUUUCACGGGAUAAUUGAGAUUUUGGAGGGUUUGAUUGGCCACUCGAAAGCUCGGCUGAGCUCUUUGAUGAUUUCGGGAAAUAAUUUAACUGAUGAAUUCACGAAAUGGCUGUCGCGGGAAGUUGGGGAGAAUUCGAAUGACGAUAUAUUUACGGCGGUUAAAGAGAUUGAUCUGUCGUAUAAUUAUUUGACUUCUGGUGGUGUUGAGAUGCUCACGAGAGCUCUACCAGAUUUGAGGAAAUUGGAUGUACGUAUGAACAUGAUUGAGAACGCGGGGAUGUUUCGAGGGAAUCGAAUUAUUGAGAUCUUCCCACAGAGGAUGGACAGAAAGGGAACAAAUGAGUCACCAUUGGUUACUAUUAGUAACCAAUAG